AUGUCAGACCCUAUCAAAACGAAACCCAAGUCGUCGAUGCAGAUCGACAACGCCCCCACGCCCCAUAACACGCCAGCAUCGGUGCUAAAUCCGAGCUAUUUGAAGAACGGGAACCCGGUGAGGGCCCAGGCGCAAGAGCAGGACGACAAGAUCGGCACCAUCAACGAGGAGGACAUCCUGGCCAACCAGCCCCUGCUGUUGCAGUCCAUCCAGGACAGGCUGGGCUCGCUGGUGGGCCAGGACAGCGGGUAUGUGGGGGCCCUGCCCAAGAACGUCAAGGAAAAGCUGCUCAUUCUGAAGACGCUGCAGAGCGAGCUGUUUGAGGUGGAGAAGGAGUUCCAGGUCGAGAUGUUUGAGCUGGAGAACAAGUUUCUGCAGAAGUACAAGCCCAUUUGGGAGCACCGGUCCAGGAUCAUCGCGGGAGAGGAACAGCCCACGCCUGAGCUCAUCGCCAAGGGCCGGGAGAUCGUCGAGUCGUUGAACGAGACGGAGCUGCUGGUAGACGGGGAAGAGGACGCUGGAGAGGAGCAAGCCAAGGGGAUCCCCUCAUUCUGGCUGACCGCGUUGGAAAACUUGCCCAUCGUGUGCGACACGAUCACGGACCGCGAUGCGGAGGUCCUGGAACACCUCCUGGACAUUGGUUUGGAGUAUUUGACCGAUGGCAGACCGGGCUUCAGGCUGCUGUUCGGAUUCGACUCUUCCGCCAACCCGUUCUUCACCGACGAGACCUUGUGCAAGACCUACUACUACCAGAAGGAGCUGGGCUAUUCCGGUGACUUUAUCUACGACCACGCGGAGGGCUGCGAGAUCAACUGGAAGGACAACGCCCACAACGUGACCGUGGACCUGGAGAUGCGCAAGCAGAGGAACAAGACCACCAAGCAGGUGAGGACCAUCGAGAAGAUCACCCCCGUGGAGUCCUUCUUCAACUUCUUCGACCCGCCCAAGAUCCAAAGCGAGGACCAGGACGAGGACCUGGAAGAGGACCUCGAAGAGCGUCUGGCCCUGGACUACUCCAUUGGCGAGCAACUCAAGGACAAGCUGGUCCCCAGAGCUGUGGACUGGUUUACGGGCGCCGCCUUGGAGUUCGAAUUCGAAGAAGACGAAGAAGAGGUAGACGACGACGACGACGCCGACGAAGACGACGAUGUGGAAGACGACGAUGGGGAAGACGAAGACGGCGGAUCGCCUGAAGAGCAGGACGACUUUGCAGAAAAGCCGGAACAAGCCCCAGAAUGCAAGCAAUCGUGA